AUGAUGUUAAAAAAUUUUACUAAAAACUUUAUUACUAAAGGUAAUUUAAAGAAUGUUAUUAAUAGAAACUAUGGUACAAUUGUUGCAGGUGACAAGUUUCAAUGGAAUGAUCCAUUAAAUUUAGAAAUGAAUUUAACAGACGAAGAAAAAAUGAUUAGAGAUCAAGUCGAUAAAUUUUGUCAAGAUAAUUUAAUGCCACGUAUUCAAAUGGCCUAUAGAGAUGAAAAAUUCGAUAGAGAAAUUAUGAGAGAAUAUGGUAAAAUGGGUAUGUUAGGUGCCACUAUUCCAGCAUAUGGUGGUGUUUCACACGUUGCAUAUGGUUUAAUGGCUAAUGCAGUCGAAAAAGUAGAUAGUGGUUAUCGUUCAGCUAUGAGUGUUCAAUCAUCAUUAGUUAUGCAUCCAAUUUACACAUUUGGUACCGAAGCUCAAAAACAAAAAUAUCUCGAUGGUUUAGCUAGCGGUGAUUUAGUUGGUUGUUUUGGUUUAACCGAACCAAAUGCAGGUUCAGAUCCAGCUGGUAUGCAAACUCGUGCUAAAAAGAAUACCGCUGGUAAUUACGUUUUAAACGGUACUAAAACUUGGAUUACCAAUUCACCAAUUGCUGAUGUAUUCGUCAUUUGGGCUAAAGAUGAUAAUAACGAUAUUCGUGGUUUCGUUUUAGAAAAAGGUAUGAAGGGUUUAUCUGCUCCAAAAAUUGAAGGCAAAUUAUCACUCCGUGCUUCAAUCACUGGUAUGAUUGUUAUGGAGGAUGUUGAAGUUCCAGCUUCUCAUAUGUUCCCAGAUAUUAAAGGUUUAAGAGGUCCAUUCUCAUGUUUAAAUAAAGCUCGUUAUGGUAUUGGUUGGGGUAGUUUAGGUGCUGCCGAAUUUUGUUAUACAACUGCUCGUCAAUAUGGUCUCGAUCGUAAACAAUUUGGUAGACCAUUAGCCGCUAACCAAUUAUAUCAAAAGAAACUCGCUGAUAUGGCCACUGAAAUUUCAUUAGGUUUACAAGCUUGUUAUCAAGUUGGUCGUUUAAUAGAUGCAGGUAAAGCCACCCCAGAAAGAAUUUCAUUAAUCAAACGUAAUUCAUGUGGUAAAUCAUUAGAUAUUGCUCGUCAAUCAAGAGAUAUGUUAGGUGGUAAUGGUAUUGCUGAUGAAUAUCACGUUAUUCGUCAUGCCGCUAAUUUAGAAACUGUUAAUACUUAUGAAGGUACUCAUGAUAUUCACGCUUUAAUUUUAGGUAGAGCCAUCACUGGUAUUCCAUCAUUUUAAAUAUUACAAACAAAAUAAAAUAAAACAAAAUAAAAUAAAAUAAAAAGUU